AUCAUUGAGAAAAAAAAACAUGGGGGAUUGCUUUGAUUGCCACUAUUGUAAUGAUUCCCUCCUCGGCAAGAAAUAUGUUUUGCGAGAGAACGACCAGUAUUGUAUCAAAUGCUACGAGGAUCUCUAUUCGAAUACAUGUGACAACUGCAAGGCACCAAUUGGUAGUGACUGCAAGGAUUUGUCCUAUAAGGAUCUUCACUGGCAUGAACAAUGUUUCAAGUGUGCUAAAUGUGACUGUUCUCUUGCUGGGAAAGCAUUUUCUGCCAAGGAUGAUACUCUCCUUUGCAUGGAAUGCUAUUCAAAUGAGUACUCUUCAAAAUGCUUCACCUGCAAAAAGACCAUCAUGCCCGGAUUUCGUAAAAUGGAAUACAAAGGAAACAGUUGGCAUGAAGCCUGCUUUGCUUGUGAACGUUGCCGGCAGCCAAUAGGAACCAAACCUUUUAUCCCGAAGGAAAAUAAUAACUACUGUGUACUGUGCUAUGAAAAGCAGCUUGCUCAACGGUGCUCAUCCUGCAAGAAGGCAAUAACCACUGGGGGGGUGAGUUACCAUGACCAGCCAUGGCACAGGGAGUGCUUUCUGUGCAUUGGAUGCAAAAUGCAGCUGGCAGGUCAACGCUUCACCUCGAGGGAUGAAUUCCCUUAUUGCCUGGAUUGCUUCAGUAAUCUCUAUGCCAAAAAGUGUGUUGCCUGUUCCCAAGCAAUUGCUGGUCUUGGAAGCACAAAGUAUAUCUCGUUUGAGGAUCGCCAAUGGCACAAUGAUUGCUUCAACUGCAAAAAGUGCGCUAUCUCUUUGGUUGGUCAGGGAUUUCUCACAAAGUGUGAUGAUGUAUUUUGUCCCGAAUGCGGUCGAGAUGUCUAAACUAGAAAAUCAAAUUAUGCCUGGCUUUGGCAGUUGAAUGGCAUCAUCUUUCUAAAGUUAAAUGUACAUGCCGCAAUCUGCACAUAAGAAGCAUCUUGUCAAGCAUUUGGAUACAACAUAGAUUCUGAAUUAAGUUUGCUUCAAUAAUGGCAAUGCAAAUUUCCUUUACAAAUAUCAAAGUGCUCAUCCCUUUAGAAUAAGCAUUUCCUAUUGCUUUCUUACAAAGGCUGCUUUCAAUCUAAUUGCUAUAAUAGUAGUCAAAGUAUAUUCUAUUAGAGUAAAUAAAAUGGGGAAAUUGUUGACAUCACAUCGCAAAUUAACUGAUGGUGACCUGAAGGAUCAUAAUUGGGUUUGAAAGGAAUAGUACAACGUGAUGGAUUACUGGCUCAAGACUGGUUGCACUUUAACAAUUUCAACCACACUAAAGCAAAACGAGGAAUUAUACUUUUCCAGACAUGCCAGUUAAAUCAAUUUGCAAAUUCAUAUGAACUUUUUUUUUUAAAGUAUGAUCUGCAAAGUUAGAAAAACUACUGUUUAUGACAUUAUAUCCAAUUUUUGUUGAGGACCUGACGACAUACUUGGGGUGUUGAGAAUUAUUUUUGCAUGUUUUCUGUGUGAUUUACGCAAGUGGGGAGGCUCCACAUGUGGAAGAAAAUAUUAAUAUCCUUCCUUACUUAAUUUUGAUUGGAAUUGAACAAGGUAACAAAAGGGUGUUUGGAUGUGACAAUUGGUAUCUCUCGUUGACCAGGUGUAGAAGAGGUUUGUGGGAAUCGGCAAAGUAAGUUUAGACGUAUUACUUAGUGUCUAGAAAUGUUGAAUGGUUGAUGGUAAAUGUAAACACGAAAUAGUAGACUGAGAUAAGGAAGCUUGUUUCUCUCAGCAGUGUGUUACAAUAAACCACCCGCUCUCCCUACUGCUAGUAGCGUAGAUACGUUGCAAUAAAUGGGAGGGUUUGCGAUUGGCUCGGAGAGGGGAUGGUGGCUCGGUCCACCUAAAAGGUGAGAGAAUAAUGUCACGAUGCCCUUGUAUUAUGCUUGACGUAUUAACCAUCUGUUGUUGAAUAUGUAACAUAAACAAAAAAGUAUGUUAUGACUAAUGAAAUAAUUGAUACCCAUGUAGUAGAUACUAUAUUUUUGUGUAGUUGCAUCUAACAAAGAACAAAAGAUGUUUACUACACAGUAUAACUGUUGGCUAAUUCUGCUGUGAAGUCAGAGAACUGGUGGGCCAUUAACUGCCGCCAUCUCUCCAUGUUAUCAUGCAAUAAAGUCUCUUGAA